AUGCAAUUUUUUGCUUUUCAACAGUUAAAUUCCUUGGUCCUGCUUCCAAUCUUGCUGCUCGCCUGCUGCAUAGUAUGGAUCGUCUAUGCUAGAUACUUACAUCCGUUGGCGAAGUACCCUGGGCCAUUCUUCGCCUCUAUAACGCGUCUUUGGCUCAUCGUCGACGUUGCCAGGGGGGGCUGCGAAAAGACGCAACGACAGCUGCACGAGAAAUACGGUCCCAUUGUUCGAAUCGCCCCGAAUGAAGUUGCCAUAGCCGAUCCCGAAGCUAUCAGAACAAUAUACUCGCCUCAUUCGGGCUUCAUCAAGACUGACUUCUAUCUUCCAUUUCGAGCAACAUGGGGAAGAUACCCGGAUGCUUUCACCAAUCUUGAUGAGAGACAGCAUGCCGAGAGACGUAGGAUUGUUAACUAUCUCUAUUCCAUGUCAAAUAUUGUCCAACUAGAGGAGGAAGUUGAUAAAUGUAUUCAACUACUCGUAACAAAGUUUACAGACUGCGCGAUCAAAGGCAAUGUCAUUGACAUGUCGGAAUGGGUACAGUGGUAUGCGUUCGAUGUCAUUGGUCAACUGUUCUUCAGCCGCAUGUUUGGUUUCCUAAAAGGGGCCUGUGACUACAGAAGCUACAUCAAUGCCCUAGAUCUUCUUAUUCCUUUCAUUGCCGUCGCUUGCGCUUCUCCCACAUACCUACGACCUCUCGUCCUCAUCAGUGGCGCUGCAAUACCACGAGUAUUCAAGGCUCUCAAGGCUCUCAAGCACAUUGAAGACGCAUCCGAAAAAUGCGUCAUGGACCGCCAGCAUCUCAUCAACAGCGGCAAAGCUGAAGAAUGCGAAGACAUGCUUCAGAGUUUCUUCGAUGUCAUGGAGAAAAGGGGUCAAAGCAAUGACUUUGGGAUCACUGAGGUCAAAAUGGAGGCGUACGGUGCCUUCAUUGCGGGUUCCGACACGACUGCAGCAGCAAUCACAGCCAUCAUAUACCAUCUCAUGCGCACUCCAGCAUCUUAUACAAAGCUCACUGCUGAGAUUGAUGAAGCGGAUCUAGCAGGUCACCUCAGCCCUGAUAUCCAAUAUCACGAAGCGGUGGGGCUACCAUAUCUCAUGGCUUGCUGCAAGGAAGGAAUGCGGCUCCACCCAAGUGUAGGUAUGACGUUGCCGCGUCUUGUCCCUCGAGGCGGCUGUGUCAUAGCUGGUCAAUGGUUUCCUGGAGGCACGCGUGUUGGUGUGAAUGCCGCCGUUAUCCAGCGGGAUCGUAACAUCUUUGGAGACGACGCAAACGAAUUUGUUCCUGAAAGGUGGUUUCGUCCCGGUGCCGCGAGAAUGGAGCGGUAUAUGUUUCAGUUUGGUGGCGGUGCAAGAACAUGUAUUGGGAAGAAUAUCUCUUUGGGUGAAAUGUACAAGGUUAUACCGCAGCUCCUUCGGGCGUUUGACAUGAGGCUGGAGGAACCGGAUAGCGAGUGGGAAACGUGUAAUUAUUGGUUCAAUAAGCCGAAGAAGGUGUAUACCGUGGUGAGAUGUAGGUAG